CAGAGCGAGCAAGAGAGAGAGAGAGAGAGAGAGAGUUUAGAGAGAGAAAGAGAGUGGGAGAAGAGAGAGAAGAGAGGAGGGGCAUGGUCCUUUACAGACUGUAGUUACUCACCUUCACCAACCAACACUCUACACACACCUGACCCAGAACCGCCAUUUUUAACGGAUUUUUCUCUCUCUCUCUCUCUCUUCACACAUUCGUUCCCUUUCUCUUUCUCUCUCUAAAGCUCUCUUUUUUAUUUUCCAUCUUUACAAGUUCCCAAGGAUAUAAUAAAACCCUAUUCUUUUUUCUUUUUUGUUUGGGUUCCUUCUUCUUCUAUCUUUUUUUUUUGUUUUUUUGGCUGGGUUCUCAAUCUAGGGUUUUUUGAGAACUCUGUUAUUUUCUCUUUUGUUUGCUUCGCUCUCAAUAAAUGAAAAUGAACCAUUAGUUGUUCUUUUUUUUUUUUUUUUUUGGUGGGGAAUCCGAUGAAUCUUCCUGGUCACAUUCUUUAUUUUCUUCCUCUGCUCUUCGUCUCCACUGUCUUCUCCGCCUCUCAGUCGGAGCUCCGAUCCCUACUUGAAUUCAAAAAGGGGAUCCAAACUGACCCGCUUCGCAGGGUCUUGGACUCAUGGAACUACACUCCGCUUCAAGAACCCGACGCUUGCCCUCGUCAGUGGACCGGUUUGGAAUGCGACGAGAACGGCAAUGUCAGCGCCAUAGUCCUCGACAGGCUCGGGCUCGGUGGGGAAUUGAAGUUCAACACUCUGACUGGGCUUGGGGCUCUCAGAAAUCUCAGUCUCUCCGGGAACAAUUUCACGGGUCGGGUCGCCCCGGCAUUGGGGUCCAUGGCUUCGUUGCAGCAUUUGGAUCUGUCGGGGAAUAGCUUCUACGGGCCGAUCCCGCUUCGGAUCAAAGACAUGUGGGAUAUGAGGUACCUCAAUUUGUCGAAGAACAAGUUCACAGGUGGGUUUCCGAGUGUGUUCAUGAAUCUUCAGCAGCUCAAAGUGUUGGAUUUGCACUCCAAUGACUUCCAUGGCGACAUUGUUGACUUGGUGUCGGAGCUGAGAAACGUGGAGCAUGUUGAUUUGAGCUACAAUGGCUUUUCUGGUCGGCUAUCUGUUGCUUUGGAGAAGAUUUCGAGCUUGGCAAACACCGUGCAUUAUUUGAAUUUGAGUCAUAAUAAGUUGAGUGGUUUCUUUAGAGGUGAAGCUAUCCAGUUGUUUCGGAACCUGCGAGUCUUGGAUUUGGGUGAUAAUCAGGUCAAUGAUCAGCUUCCCUCGUUUGGGUCGCUGCCUAAUUUGCGGGUUUUGCGUCUGGGAAACAGUCAGUUGUUCGGGCCAAUACCAGAGGAGCUGUUGGAAACUUCUUUACAAUUGGAAGAAUUGGAUCUUAGCAACAAUGGAUUCACAGGUUCGAUUCCUGGAAUUAACUCUACAAGUUUAAGAUUUUUGAAUCUUUCAUCAAACAGUUUGUCAGGAUCAUUGCCCACAAUUCCAAGGGAGUGUGUAGUUAUGGAUUUGAGUAGUAAUAUGAUCUCUGCUGAUGUAUCGAUUAUACAGAACUGGGAAGCUAGUUUAGAGGUUCUUGAUAUGAGUUCAAACAAGUUGUCGGGAAGCUUUCCAAACUUGACUAAACAGUGUGGGAAUCUAAUGACACUUAAUCUAAGAAAUAAUUCUGUAGAAGGUAAUUUGCCUUCUUUAUUGGAGACAUGUCCUCGAUUGUCAACGGUUGACCUAAGUUUAAAUGAGCUUAAUGGUCCUAUUCCUGGUAGUUUCUUCACUUCGGGGACUUUGACAAGACUCAAUCUUUCAGGAAAUCAUUUUACUGGCCCUCUUUCCCUUCGAGGUUCACAUGUAAGUGAACUAUUAUCUUUACCUUUAGAUCCAUUGAUCGAAUAUCUCGAUCUCUCCAGUAAUUCUUUGUUAGGUGCCCUGCCUCCAGAUGUAGGGAACGUGGUGGGUCUCAAAUUGCUGAAUCUUGCAAAGAACAAUUUUUCAGGACAUCUACCUAGUGAAUUAGGUAAACUUGGUAAGUUGGAGUAUCUUGAUUUAUCUGACAACAAAUUUAGUGGUCAUAUCCCUGAUAAUCUUCCACCAAGCUUAAAAGUAUUCAAUGUCUCGAACAAUGAUCUAUCGGGUACUCUUCCUGUAAAUUUGAGAAGAUUCCCUGAAACUUCAUUUCGUCCUGGAAAUAGCUUGCUAAGCAUACCGAAUGAUUUGCCACCUCCAACUUCUAUUCCGGGUAGUAUUAAUAAUCAAGGGAGACAUCAGAGUUCGAAGGGAAAUAUUAGAGUAGCAAUCAUUUUAGCCUCACUUGGAGCUGCUGCGAUGAUAGUUUUUGUUUUACUGGUUUAUCAUCGAUCGCAGCAUAAAGAUUUUCAUGGAAGAAGUGGAUUUGGAGGUCAAAGUACAGGGAGGGAUGUGAAGUUAGGAAGAUUUACACGGCCUUCACUUUUCAACUUCCACACAAAUGAUCAGCCCCCACCAACAUCAUUGAGCUUUUCACAUGAUCACUUGCUAACUUCAAAAUCAAGGUCAUUAUCGGGGCAGACAGAGUUCGUAACUGAAAUUGCUGAACAUGGUUUGCCAGGUGAAGUGGCAACAACUUCAGCUUCUGUGAAUCCCCUAGAUAAUCAUCCAGCAACUUCUGGAAGGAAAUCCUCCCCUGGUUCCCCAUUAUCUUCCUCCCCUCGUUUUAUAGAAGCAUGUGAACAACCUGUGAUGUUGGAUGUGUACUCACCAGAUCGGUUGGCUGGAGAAUUGUUUUUCCUGGAUAGUUCACUGGCAUUCACUGCUGAGGAACUGUCUCGAGCUCCAGCAGAAGUACUUGGCAGAAGCAGCCAUGGAACUCUGUACAAAGCUACACUACACAGUGGGCAUAUGUUGACUGUGAAAUGGCUACGGGUAGGACUGGUCAAACACAAAAAAGAAUUUGCGAAGGAAGUUAAAAGGAUUGGUUCUAUAAGGCAUCCCAACAUUGUCCCAUUAAGGGCUUACUACUGGGGACCCAGAGAACAAGAGAGGCUUCUUUUAGCAGACUAUUUCCAGGGAGAUAGCUUGGCUCUCCAUCUUUAUGAGACCACACCUCGAAGAUACCCUCCAUUAUCAUUCAAUCAAAGACUAAAAGUUGCAGUGGAUGUUGCUCGGUGUCUAUUGUACCUUCAUGAUAGAGGCUUGCCACAUGGAAACUUAAAGCCAACUAAUGUACUUCUAGUAGGCGCUGAGUAUGAUGCUCGUCUUACUGAUUACAGUCUUCAUCGUUUAAUGACACCUGCUGGCAUUGCAGAGCAGAUAUUGAAUAUGGGAGCGCUUGGAUACCGAGCUCCAGAACUUGCUUCUUCAGCUAAACCAAUCCCAUCUUUCAAAGCUGAUGUAUAUGCUUUCGGUGUGAUCCUGAUGGAACUAUUAACCAGAAGAAGUGCUGGUGACAUUAUAUCAGGUCAGUCGAGCGCAGUUGAUCUUACGGAUUGGGUUCGGCUUUGUGAUCAAGAAGGAAGGGGAAUGGAUUGUAUUGACAGAGACAUUGCUGGUGGGGAAGAACCCUCAAAAGCAAUGGAUGAGUUGCUUGCAGUGUCACUCAGGUGUAUUCUCCCUGUAAAUGAGAGGCCUAACAUCAGACAAGUCUUUGAGGAUAUUUGUUCUAUAUCUGUUUGAAAUUUUUGUACAUGCGUCUUGGAAUUAGUUUUUUUUUGGUUCCUUGACCAAAUUUUUUUUUUCCUCUUUAUUUUUAUUCUCCUCCCCCGUAAUUGGUUUUCUGAUUUGGCUAAUCAUCACAUUUUUUUUUUUCUUUUUUGAAAAUUUUCUUGUAAAGAGACAACCUAUCAAUUGAUUAUUUGACAGUGUUUGAGUUUGGUAUUAAAUUGAAAUAUGAGUGUUAUUUUUUC